AUGUCUAUCAUGCUUUUCCUCAUUUUCUUUCUAUCCAUCAUCUCUCCAAUUCAGAUGGAUUCUCCUAAAUGUGCUAAGUUCUCAAAGUUUCCCACCAAGGGAUACUCCAUGGUGUUCAAGGUAUCUCUUCAAGGUUGUGGAAGGUUCACAAAGAUCCAAGAUGCCAUUAAUGCAAGCAUUGGCUCAACUGUAACCAAGACCCUCAUACUCAUUGAUUUUGGAAUCUAUAGGGAGAGAGUUUUUGUUCCUAAGAACAAGAACAACCUUGUGAUGCAAGGUAUGGGGUUCUUAAGGACAUCUAUUGAAUGGAACAACACAGCUUCUUCAUCCCAUGGAACAUCUGAAAGCUUCUCAGUGGCUCUCUAUGGAGAUCAAUUCACUGCCAAAAACAUAAGUUUCAAGAACACGUCUCCCGCACCCAACCCCGGAGCAGAUUGCAUAAUUCAUUCCGUAGCAAAGGAGAAUACAAUCGGGUGUAUUACGGCAAACGGAAGGAACACGUUAAGAGACCGAACCGGAUUUGUUUUUGUGAAUUGCCAAAUUAAAGGAAGCGCGAAAGUUUGGCUUGGGCGUGCGUGGAGACCAUAUUCGAGAGUUGUCUUUUCCAAGACAUACAUGUCAAAAGUGGUUUCUCUUGAUGGGUGGAAUGAUAUGGAACAUCACAGUUCGCAAAAGACGGUGUAUUACGGAGAACAUCGGUGCUACGGACCUGGAGUGAAUCAUAGUCAACGAGUUCCCUAUGGGAAGCAACUCACCGAUAGUGAAGCAGCUCCUUUCACCAACAUAUCCUUUAUCGAUGGUGAUCAAUGGCUUUAG